AUGUCACCGCGCACUACUGCCAACCGCCGUAAGGCAACUGACAGACCAGUGCGCGCAGGUCGCAUCAGCAAGACAAAGAAGGAACAAGCACUCAUCAAAGUCUCACCCAAGGGCCUGAAACUGGUGGAAUCCGAAAAUCCCAUUGAACAGGUCUGUGGGGCUCCCCCAGCCUGGUCAGAGGGCCGACAGCAACUCUGUGAUGCAAUCCCUUGGUUCCGCUGUACCCAAGGAGCCAUGUAUCAUAGCGAAGGAUUCUGCUAUGGUUUUCUGAUUGACGCCGAUGGUGGUACUCGCUCUUAUAUUGACGAGGAGAUCAUUGUCACCCGAAUCGGUGGAUGUUGCACCAAGGAUUCCGAGGGCAACCUUGUACUCGAAAAGAACCAAGAUCCUGGCACUGCACUGGUCCAAAGUAUCAUCGGUAGCCAAGAAUCAAAGCUUGCAGUCGGUCUGGUGAUUGGGAGCAACAACAAGGUUCUCAACCGCAGGCUUCCACAUCGAUACAACAUCAUGGACUGGUUUCGCGUGACCAAUGUAUGGUUUGAGAAACUCGGUCAAAAGCAUUGCGUGAAAGUACGCUUUGAAAAGCUGAAUCUCGCAGAAAAGAGUUGGUGGGCUGCCAAGGAUUCUCCCCUUCCUUUGCCCCUUCAGCAGCGAAACAUUGAGACCAAGCUGGAGAGUAUCAUGUGCCAAAGCUGCUCCACUGAAAGCCCGCGCAUCUACAACGAAGGAUGGAUGUGUCUCGAUCCCAGCUGUGUCGACUUCUGGAGAAUCGAAAAUGAUUCACCUCCAGUCGAACUCACUUUUCACUCUGAUUUCUUGAACUUCAGAAGUCCUCCAGACCCAGCAGUCCAGCCAUCCUACAGCCUAGUUCCAGAUCUCCUGUCCACGCUGGAUGAAAACGCAACAGACGUCAGCACAUCUCGCAUUGCGUGGAAAGGGAUCGUCUGCCCGAUGUGCUUCAAAUGCAUUCGACGCACCUUCUGGCAAGGCUGGAAAUGCGAUGAUGACUCGGUCCUCGGCCAAGAAAGCUGUCCGUUCCAAAAGUUCAUGAAUAUGACACCUGUCUCACUGCGUGUUGUGCUUGACCAUUUUGAGCUCGCCCCAAUCAAGCGCGCCAUAUUGUUUGAUCAGAAGUUCAGCAUUCCAGAAAUCGACGACAUCUCUUUCUUCCCUUACCGAAAGCUGACCUACAACCUCGAGGGUGUUGGCUCCAUCACCCACUUUGUAUCCAACCGCACAAUCAAUAGCCGCAAGAAUGGUCCGGAUGACCUAUUCGUCAACCUACAACGUGGCGAUCUCGGCCUUAAGCGGUUCCGAAUUCAAUCUAGUCUGGUUGCCGGUACACUUACUUCUCAUUUCGCCGUCAACUACGGAAUGCCAUACAAAUACGUGGUGUCCGUUGACUCCAAGGGUUUUGACGAAGCCCCCGAGGCCAUGCUUCGUACUUUGGGUCGUCUGUCAUGGGCUACCGAAAAGGCGGUCAUGUCAUCCGGAGGAACAUACCUCCCUCCAAACGAGCUACUCACCCUCGGUUACUUUGAAGAAAUGAAGAUCGGGUUUCAUGAUGAUGGCGAGUCCUCAUUGGGCCCAAGCAUCGCCACUUUUUCCCUCGGCGCGAAAGCAACUAUGCUUGUUCGCAUGAAGUACAAGUAUUUCAACGGUGCAACUCGAAGAGUCGAGUCCAAUGCUGUCGGAAAUCUGCUUCAAAAUGACCCUGUUUUGAAAGACUGCAAGUUUGAAGCCGAGCGCCGUGAGCUCAAAGAGGAGUUUGACGCUGGUGAAAUCUCGCAGGAGGAUUAUGACGAUUCUCGACGUGCUCUCUUCAAAGGCCAUAAGGGGAAGGAAGCUCCCACUACUAUCAAGAUGGAACUUCACCACGGUGACUUGGUUGUUAUGCAUGGUGAGAACUUGCAGAAGUACUACGAGCACUCUGUGAUCCCCGAAAACAAACUGCGCUUCGCUUUGACUGCCCGGUUUGUGAAGCCGGACCAUGUCAAUGCGAAAGAGAUCAAGAAGGGCGAGUUCUCGCUUACGCCUGAUCAAAUCUACGAUGGAAAAUGA